AUGGCUUACAUAGAGAAUGAGACCUCAAGGAAGACAACUUUCAGGAAAAGAAAAGGAGGCAUCAUGAAGAAAGCCUUGGAGUUAUCAACUCUCUGUGACGUCCCAAUAGCCGUAUUCGUCCAGAGCGAGUACAACUCGGUCCCUGAGGUGUUCCCUCCAUCGAGACAAGCUAUGGGAAACAUGCUGGUCAAAUGGGAAAAGUUGUCGCUCGUUGAAAAGACCAAGAAGAUGAUGAACCAAGAGCAGUUUAUCCAACAGAGGAUCACCAAAGCAACUGAGAGUUGCAAGAAGGUCGCGAAGGAGAACAAAGAGUUGGCGAUGAAGGAGGUCAUGUACGAUUGUCUCCGUGGCGAUAAUGCGCCAUGUAAUCUUGAUGAGGAUGAACUUCGUGAUUUGGGUGGUGUUAUUGACCAGUAUAUCAAAGGUCUUAAUCGUAGGAUCCAGGUUCUUAUGAAGGACCAUGCAUCGUCCUCCACCUCUGUUGUUCCUGAUGCUGCUGCUGCUGCUGCUGCUGUUGCCAUGCCUACAGCUGAGAUGGGUUCUUCCUCAAACGUCAAGGACUUUGAUCUGAAUCAGACACAGAGUGAGUGA